AUGGGUCUCCUCGACAAGUUUGAAGAAAUCAUCGAAGAGGACUUGACGCGCAUUCGAGCCGAAGAGGAGAAGCAACGCCAAUUCAAGGACCACAUUGCGAGCGUGGCCAAGUGCGUCGCCGAGUCCAGGAAAGCGCUGACGGCCCACGCCGAGAAGCUGAAGCAAGCGCCACGCCACCAGCGCCAACUGCAUGCCCAGCUGUCCAAGGAGUCGUCCAACCAGCCGUACGAAAAGCUCGACGUACACCGACUUUGGCGCGGCGAAACUGGCGAGGUCCCUCACGCUGUCCGCUCCUACAAGGACGGGACGCAACUGGAAACGCUGGCCCAGGCGCUGAAGGGAAUGAAAGGGCUGUUUGAGGACGACACCAAGGAGCAGUCAACCCGGAGCUCAACAGCCGAACCCGAUCCGCAGAACCACAGCAGCGCGUCGACGGCGACGAGCCUGUCCUUUGAUGUUCACGAACUCGGCGCCACCACGGGGACGAUCACCGGGCUGCCCUCCCUGACGAUCCCGGCCCAACCCGGCGAAUAUGUCGAUGCUGUCGUCUCUACUUUCAGGGAUGAGCAGCAGCUGGAGUUGCACCUCAUCUCCGCCAAGUACUGGGUCGAGUGGAUUCCCCGCGAGCUGGCCGUCACGCAGACCCUCGCGAAGCUGAACAACCCCAGGAAAGGCGACCUGGCUGUGACCCGAAUCGGCCCCCAAAAAGUCUGGUACCGUGCGGUGGUGCUCAGCCGCGAAACAGAUGCUGAGAUGCAAAUUCUUCUCGUGGACUUUGGAACAAGCGAGCUGGUCGGCGCAGCCGAACUGUUCGACAUGCCGGUCACCGUGCGCCAUAUCCCGCCCCUCUCCUUCCCGCUGGUGGUCCCGCAGCCGAUGCUGAUCGGCGUCCGCGAGGAGGACAUGCGCACCACCCUCAAGCAUGCCCGAAUCUCAUUUCGAUUAGGCUCGACCACCGAUGGCGUCGUGUUCAACGGUGAGGACUUGCGCCUGUUCCACAAGGACAGCGGGGAACUGAUGCCUGUCAACGAGGCCAUCCACUGCGCCGGCCAGCUCGAGCGCGUCGAGUACAGCAUCAACUGCCAAGCGGACUCGGCACGAUACUUUGACUAUGCG